AUAAACACGACGAAAUCCCUGUUUGUUCGCGCCAUGAACGAUGAGAGGAAGAGAGGGAGAGAGAGGCACCCAACAAAUGAAAAGCCAUUCUCAACUGCGUGCGUGAAAGAGAUAGAAGAGGAAAAGAGAGAGAGAUAAUGAGCGAGUUAGACAAAGGAACGAAGCCUCUCUUUCACACCCACCCCCCUAAUUCAAUUUUUUUUUCCAUUCAGAGUCGGAGGUGGCAAAGCAAUAUUAUUGAUUAAUUAAUUAAUAUUAACAACUUAGUUAAUCAAUGGCCUCUUCGUCUUCUUUUUGUUAUCAUUCUUCAUAUAGUGCGGUCGCUGCGGUGGUGAUCACGCUUCUUUUGUUCGUGUUCGGAGACGCCGCCGACGAUGCUCCAAAACUUGAUCCAUCCUGCGCUAAAGAUGUUCAAUUGGUGAAGAUGAAGCAUUGGGUUGAUGGCAAUGUUGUGAAUUCCGGGUACGGUGGCAUGAGUGCAAUGUUUGGUGCUCAGUUUCCCAAGGAAGUCAGUCAGAGUCCCAAAUCUCCUGUUGUUUUUGCCGAUCCUAGAGAUUGUUGUGUCCCACCAAUUACUAAGUUACUUGUUGGAUCAGUAACUUUAUGUCAGCGUGGUACUUGCGACUUCACAACUAAAGCUGCAAUUGCACAGGCAGCAGGUGCAGUUGCCGUAUUGGUCCUAAAUGAGUCGGACGACCUUUUCUCAAUGGAGUGUUCCAAUAGCUCUAGAGUAGACAUUUCAAUCCCAGUUGCAAUGAUAUCAAAGACAGCAGGAGAUGAUCUCGACAAUGAGUUGUCAUCUGGAAAGAAAGUGGAACUUUCGAUAUAUGCUCCAACUCGCCCACUUCUAGACUAUUCAGUUGCAGUUUUGUGGUUGAUGGCUGUCGGAACAGUUAUAUGCGCUUCAACAUGGGCAGAUAUAACAGCUGCUGAUUGUGAUGAACGCUACAAUGAAUUGUCUCCCAAGGGAUCUUUCAAAUCCGAAACAAUGAAAGAUGAGGAGGACAUUGUUAACAUAGACACAAAGGGUGCUAUUAUCUUUGUCAUUUCGGCAUCCACUUUUCUUGUGCUACUAUUUUUCUUCAUGUCGUCUUGGUUUAUCUGGGUGCUGAUUGUACUUUUCUGCAUUGGUGGUGUUGAGGGGAUGCACAAUUGUAUUGUGAGCCUCGUUUUAAGAGUAUUUCCAAAACUUGGACGGAAUAUAGUGAAGGUACCUAUGUUUGGGAAGAGUUCUAUCUUCUCAAUAGUAGUUUUUAUAGUAUGUGUGGCGUUUGCGGUAUUAUGGAUUGUUAAUCGGCGGGAGUCAUAUUCAUGGUUCGGCCAAGAUGUCCUUGGCAUUUGUUUGAUGAUAACAAUCUUGCAGUUGGCACGAUUACCUAAUAUUAAGGUUGCAACUGUACUUCUUUGUUGUGCAUUUGUAUACGACAUCUUUUGGGUGUUCAUAUCUCCAGUGAUAUUCCAUAAGAGUGUUAUGAUUACAGUUGCUCGAGGUGACAAGGCUGGUGGGGAAGCAAUUCCUAUGCUUUUGAGGUUCCCUCGUCCACACGAUCCUUGGAAAGGUUAUGACAUGAUUGGAUUUGGAGAUAUUCUCUUCCCUGGCUUGCUUGUUUGCUUUGCUCGUAGAUUUGACAAAGAGAACAACAAGAGGUCAGUGAAUGGAUAUUUUCUUUGGUUGGUAAUUGGCUAUGGCGUCGGCCUUUUCCUAACAUAUCUUGGGCUAUACUUGAUGAAGGGUCAUGGACAACCAGCACUUCUCUACCUUGUUCCAUGUACCUUAGGUACGGCUGUCAUAUUGGGAAGUAUAAGAGGAGAAAUGAGGAGUCUUUGGGAUUACAAACCAAACUUGCCUCCCUCCAAAGUGCCUCCAGAAGUGUAAAUGACCGACCACAGUAAAUCAAUCACUGUCUAAUUGGAUCAUUGCAUGGGAAAUGGCACUGAACUCAUUGGGAUUAGAUUGGGAACAAUGCAUUAUAUGUACGAUGGUUUGGAAAGUGUACAGCCAACUCUUUUUUGGGUUUCGAUAACCAUUUUUUGUUGUUUUUGUAUUCUUUGAUUAAUCAGAAAUUAACGAAUGCUCUUUCUGCU